CUUUUGGGAAGGGUGGAGGACACAAAGGUGGGAGGGUGAGCGCUCCGCUGACUUUCCUGAUGGCUAUUGCUGAAGGGUGUCUCACAGCCCUAAUAAGAACCGAAAGGACUGGUUCAGUCACAACAUUGGUUGGUGAUAACCUGAGACCAGUACAAAACACUUGCUGACCAUGCCCGCGGGAGUGCCCUGGACCAGCUACGUGAAGAUGAUGGCAGCCAGCCUCCUGGCCAUGUUCGCAGGGGCUGAAGUGGUGCACAGGUACUACCGGCCAGACCUGACAAUACCUGAAAUUCCCCCAAAGCCUGGAGAACUCAAAACGGAGCUUUUGGGACUGAAAGAGAGAGAACAAAAACCUCAAACUUCUCAACAGUAGAAACCUCAAAAUACAACUAUGCCAAGAACUCUGUGAAUAAUAAGUCUUCAGUGUAUAUUUUUGAAGUUUAUGGAGUCAGACUGCUUGUCCUCACACACCCAAUACAACUCGAACUGCGGGAGGAGGGGUGCACUCGAUAGUAACUGAUGCGUUGAGAUUUAUUGAUGAUUUCACUAGUGUCUCUUGAAAACUGCCAAAGCGUGUAUCAUCAGCUUCUUAAUGUGGUUUGAUAGAUAUUUAGUUGUGACUGUCGUGUGAGCUAGAGUAUUUGCAAUGAUUCCUGCUCUUACAAUUCUUUUUUUUUUUUGACAUGUGCACUCCCAUGUUUAUUGCAGUGUUAUCCACGGGACGAAAACAACCCCAUUAGCAGAUGAAUGGGUGAGAAAGAUGUAAAACAUGUAUACAAUGAGUGUUUCCAGCCACGAGAAAGGGGGAUAUCCUGCCAUUGACCGCAGCAUGGAUAGGCUUUGAGCACAGCAUACUAAGUGAGAUGAAUCAAACAAAAAGAAAAGUAUUGUUGUGAUAUCACUUAUAUAUGGAACCUAAAAACAUCAAACCUGUGAAAUUCAAAGCAGCAGAGAGUAAAAUGGUGGUUAGCAGGGCAUGGGGAGGGGGUAUAAGAGUGAUGGUGUUUAAGGGUGCGGCUUAUAACAAGUAGUAAAAGAGCCGUAGAACUAUAAUGCACAGUGUGAUGACGCUAGCCCAGCAGUGUUCAACCCUGUGCCGCAGGACUUUUUAGAACAUGUGAUACCUGACUGUUUAGUCAGGGGCACUGACCUCUUUUCCCUUAGAUUGUCAAGUAAAAAAAAAUGACAACAACCCACAUAACAGUAACUGUCUGGUAUGAAUGAAUCAAAACUAUACUUAUCUUUCUUUUGUCAGAUCGGCAAAAAAUAUAUUUUUUUGGUGUGCUGCAGAAUUUUAAUACAUAGUUUAUAUGUGCCAUGAGAUGAAAAAGGUUGAAAAUUACUGAUCUAGACAGUGAUAUUAUAUUUUAACUAGGUAAUAUGAUAAAUAUUGUUACAACAGCAACCAUCUACAGUAUAUAAGUGUAUCAAAGUAACACAUUGAACACCUGAAGCUUACAUAAUAUAACAUGUCAAAUUUAAUAAAAAAAAAUUCAGACUA